AUGCCACCAAAUAUACAGUUUCAAUCUGUGGCGGCUUUUACGCCGCAGCCUUCCUCCAUAAUUGUCGUUCUCGGGUCCAGGAUCGAAUCGUGGCUCACAAAAUCAUUGAAACGCAUUAAACCCAAUAAGCCGCUCAAUAGCCUUGCUGAACAUCAAAUAUACCUUAGCAAAGUUUUGUUAUCGCCGAACACCAUUUGGAUUUUGGCAUCCCUGAUGCGAAAAGGUUCAAAAUCCGAAUCGGAUCCCGAAUUAUAUCAUGUUAAUAUCGAGGCAAAUAUUGUUCUUAUCGAUAUCCCAUGCGAUAAAAUUGUGUUAAAACUGACUUCGAACAUAACAAACGCCCUGAUUAAAUAUUAUCAGGACGUUUAUUAUAUUAAAACCGAGGAAAAAGACCAGCACAAAAAGCUGUUUGAGGAUUUUAUCGAAGCUAUCAAACGUUACAUUUUCCGCAUACCUGCUAUUAUGUUUAAUGGGUUGGAAAAGGAUGGUACUGGCAAACCAUUUUGUAAGCAAAACCGAAAUGUUAAAACCAGGAUUUUGAAUUUUAUGGAACGCCUGUCACCCUCGCCCUUUAAAAAGGUCGAGCCCAUUUCGGAAUCGCCCUCACUCUCCACAACCGCAUCUUCUGCUAAUUUAUAUCCCAAGCCUCCCAUUAACAAAAUGGUCGGGUGGCAACCUGAUUUGGAUCCAACUCAAACCCUCUCCCCAUUCCAAAUCAAUUGCGACCCUUUUUCGAUAUUAUUUUACGGAAUUCUACCAAUCUCUACCUUCCCACCAAUACCAAAUUAACCGGCUUUUAUUGCUUUUAAUUUCGGUUAUAUUCCUGCUGCUCCGGAAUACGAAUCAGCUCCAAAUUUAACGCAUUUGGAUCCAACGCCAAAAAGAGUAAGCGACUUUCCUCAUUAUUCUCGUCUGUUUGCAACUCCGACAUGCAAUCCGGGAGGCCAAUUUUGGUUAGCAAAUCGGUUUGCUAAAUCUAUUCGCCAUAAUGGCUUUGUCAAAAACAGAUUUGCUGGAGAUCAUCACAUAUCCGGUCGCCAAUCGGGCAUUUCCGUUCACAAUUAUAACGAGAAUUUUAACAACAGCAUACUAGCAGCGGCAGUCUCCAAAGGGUCCCGACAGCAA